GCCUGACAUGGGCCUCCUCAUGGGCGGACUCGGCGGCUACGGUGUGUGCAUCGUCACCUACUUGGCCAUGGUCUACAAUGCCGGCUACACUGUGAUUGCAACGAUGAAUGAUUUCUGUGACGAAGAAAUCGAUGAUUUGGUUGCUAGGGAUGAAAACAUCCGUGACGAGCUGCACAAAUUUUUGCAGGCGGUGAAGCUAAAUCAGCCAUUUAUCAGUUUUGCCGGAGUCGUAGAUGUCAACAGGAAGUUCAUGUCAUCGUUCGCGUCUGCGAUGCUGACCUACAUCGUGGUGCUGGCGCAGUUCAGAGUUGGUGGUGAUUCGUCUGAUCUGAAAGCCCAAUUGACGCUCAGUACUCCUGUGACAACCACAGAAGCAUCCCCAUAAGCCUAGGAGGCCAUUGUCAGCACUCAUCAUAUCAAUAAAAUGGCAUUUUUUCUGUUUGCUGACCCCAAUAACUCCCUCAGUGUUGAUAUACUUACCGCCAUCCACCAGUCGCUCAUCUCCUAUGUUACACUACAUCUUCUUUAAAAAUUUUGCGCGUUCUACUCAUUGCUUUUACUGCAGAAUUCAACUGCCCACGGACAACACAAUUGUUAAGCGCACUCAGAAUAGAAUUCAGGAAGGAAUUCUGAUA